GGCGGAGGCCGGCCCCGCUCGCUGCCCGCCGCCGCGCUGCCGGGGCUGACGUGUCGCUGCGCGAUGGCGGCGGCCUGGGAGGAGAUCCGGCAGCUGGCGGCUGAUUUCCAGCGGGCGCAGUUCGCUGAGGUAGCCCACAGAUUGUCAGAGCGGAACUGUAUAGAAAUUGUCACAAAGCUGAUCACAGAAAAGCAGCUGGAAGUAGUGCACACGCUUGAUGGCAAGGAGUAUGUCACUCCAGCACAGAUUAGUAAGGAGAUCCAUGAUGAGCUUCAUGUUUGUGGUGGUCGAGUUAACAUUGUUGACUUACAACAGGUAAUAAAUGUGGACCUUCUGCACAUUGAAAACAGAGCUAAUGACAUUGUUAAAUCCGAAAAAGGUAUUCAGCUUGUACUGGGACAGCUUAUAAAUGAGAGUUAUCUGGAUCAAUUAGCAGAAGAAAUAAAUGAUAAACUACAGGAAACUGGCCAGGUGACAAUAUCAGAACUCUGCAAGGCAUACGACCUUCCAGGAGACUUCCUGAUACAGGCUUUAUCCAGGCGUUUGGGCAGAAUUAUUCAUGGACAGCUAGACCAGGAAAACCGUGGGGUGAUUUUUACAGAAGCCUUUGUGUCCCGCCAUCGAGCACGUAUUCGUGGGCUCUUCACUGCGAUUACUCGGCCUACACCUGUAAGUAGCUUGAUCACUCGGUAUGGAUUUCAAGAACAUUUACUUUACUCUUUGCUAGAACAGCUUGUUAAUGCUGGUCGUCUAAAGGGCACCGUGGUUGGUGGGAGACAGGAUAAGGCUGUGUUUGUUCCAGACAUCUAUUCCAGAACACAGAACAAAUGGGUGGAUUCCUUUUUCAAGCAGAAUGGUUACUUAGAAUUUGAUGCAUUGUCUAGACUUGGCAUCCCUGACCCAGCAGGCUACAUUAAAAAAAGAUACAAGUCGGCACAACUCUUAUUUCUGAGAGCAGCUUGUGUUGGUCAAGAAAUUGUGGAUCAAGUUGAAGCCUCUGUGGAGGAAGCCAUCAGCUCUGGAAACUGGAUAGAUGUAGCAACUCUUUUGCCCAGCUCAUUGUCAGUAGAAGAUGUUGGGAUUUUGCUCCAGCAAGUGAUGAGAUCUUUAAACAAAAGCUCUUCGGGUUUAGUCUUCAAUGACACCAUUGCAGUCAGUGAGAAAUUUCUAAGCAGCUGUGCUGAUCUCUUUUCUGAUCUGAUGCAGCAGAAAGCAGAAAAGGAAAUUAAAAACAACCCUGUUAAUUUAGUCACUGAAGAAGAUUUAAAACAGGCUUCUUGUUUAGAGAACUCAUAUGCUAAUAAAAAAGACAAAAAGGAUGAAAGAAGAAAGAAAGCAACAGAGGGCAGUGGAAGCGUGAGAGGCGGAGGUGGUGGGAAUGCCAGAGAGAUAAAGAUUAAGAAAGCCAAGAAGAAAGGAAGAAAGGAUGCUGACAGUGAUGAAGAGUCACAAGGGACUGCCACAGGUAGGAAUAAGAAACUGGAGUUCUCUUUCAUGUCACAAGAGGAAAUUGAGGAUGUUUUAAAGACCCACAUGCAGGAUUGCCCUGAAGAGCUUAUUACAGAAAUUGCUGAACAUCUAAGAAGACCUUUGACAAAAACUUACCAGGAAGUUGUGCGCUCCGUUUUUACAUCUUCAACAUCUUCCUCUGGAGCCAACAGAAGACAGGCUAUGAAGGACUUGCAGGAGGAAUUCUCAAACCUGUACAACAACAUUAGGUUGUUUGAAAAGGGAGCAAAGCAUUUCACAGAUGAUACUCAGACUAACCUUGCCAAACACCUGUUGAAGACUCUGUGUACAGACAUUACAAAUCUGGUUUUCAACUUCUUGGCAUCUGAGUCAAUGAUGACAACAGAAAAUUACUCUACAAUCACAAGUGAGGGCAGAAUCAAGAUUUUAGGUAAACUGCCAGAAGAUACUAAAGGUCCUUUAACUAAACUGCAUACUUCUCUGAAUGGCAAGAGUAUAGAAGAUUUUCUUUCGUGCCUUGACUCUGCAGUGGAUAUUUGUGGUGUUAUGGUGAAAAAAGGAGACAAAAAGAAGGAAAGGCAAGUCCUAUUUCAGCAUAGACAAGCUCUGAUUGAGCAGCUCAAAGUCACAGAAGAUCCAGCUCUUGUUCUGCACCUGACAUCAGUAUUGUUAUUUCAGUUUUCAACUCACUGCAUGCUUCAUGCACCAGGAAGAUCAGUACCACAGAUCAUUAAUUUCCUAAGUGGCAGGAUCCCAGAGGACCAGUAUUCGCUGAUAGUCAAAUACCAUGGAUUAGUGGUGAAACAAUUGACCAGCCAGACUAAGAAAGCUGAACACGGAGACAGUGAUAACAAAGAUAACAUGGAAGAGGAGGAAGGAGCAGAAAGCAUUCGAAAAGAACUCCAGGAAAUCACUACCUCUAUCAAAGAUCUUGUUCUCAGACCUAGGAAAUUUUCUGUAACAGAGGAAUAAAACUGUUAUUCAGCA